AUGGGAGAUUCGGGAACAAAAAAGCGUAUUAAAACAACUAAAAGAGCAGGGAAAGAGCCUAUCCAAAACAAGAACAACAUUCCAUAUUUUUAUGACGCUAGUAAAUUCAAUAAAGGUAGCACAUUUACGUCUAUUGGAAAUAUUUACGCUACAGUAUUAAAAGAAGCCACCAAACAAGAUUACGACUUAAUUUUUGGUUCAGCUUAUAAAGGUAUUCCCAUUGCCUUAUCAACAGUUUCAGCAUUAGCUGAUAAAUAUGAUAUGGACAUUUCCUAUUCCUUUAAUAGAAAAGAAAAAAAGGAUCACGGAGAAGGUGGAAAUAUUGUUGGUUCACAAUUAAAAGGGAAUGUUUUAGUUGUAGAUGAUGUAAUUAGUACAGGGACUGCAAUUAGAGAGUCCCUAGAAAUUAUCAAAGAAAAUCAGGCAAAUCCUGUUGGUGUCGUUGUUGCGGUAGAUAGACAAGAGAAAGGUGUGGGCAUUUAUUCUGCUGCUCAACAGAUUGAACAAGAUUAUGGCAUCCCUGUGAAUUCAAUUGUUACUUUGGAAAAUAUCGUUCAUUAUCUUAAAGAGCAUGGCUGUUACGACAAACAUUUGACAAAAAUAGAAGAAUAUCAAGCUAUAUACGGGGUCAAAAACUAG